CACACACACACACACACACACACACAAACAGACAGAUCCCGAAUGUUGGAUGAGUUGCCUUUCUUUGUUGUGAGUACAGUGAAGACUUCAACAAAAAGCAAAGACGAGAGAAGGUUCGAGUUGAAGUGUGUAACUUUGGCUGCUACCGUCCCAGUGACAUCGUUGCCCAUUUAUGGAUCCCAACUGUUGCUGUUAGCUAGUAUGUAUUUGUUUCUUUAUUUUCUCACUUGGCUACAUGUCUGCACCGACUCUGGAUUGUCAUUCAUAAUGUCGUUACUUCUUUUGUCUGCUGUCCAAAGUUCUCAUUCACUCAUAAUCAUCUUUCGUCUCCAUCUUCCCUCCCUUUGUCGGUGCUCUUUGGAGUUGUUGUCGCAGCCAAACCUGCUCAUGAAGCUUCUACUUGCUCUCUCUAAAUUGUCAGUCAUUGUGUUGUUGUUUGUUACAUUUGUUGUUCCAUGAUCCGACCCACAUGCCUGCCACCUCUGUAUACCUUCCCUCAAUUAUCACCGCUUUCUAGAGUUGCUGUUUCAACCAAAUCUGCUCUUGGAGCUUCUAUUUGUUCUCUCUGAAUUGUCAGUCACCAUGUCGUCGUUUCUUUCGCAUUCUGUUCAAUGUUCUCAUCCACCCUCCCAUGUUCCCCAUCUACCCUCCUUUCCUUACCUCUCUCUGGAGUUACUGUAGCAGUCAAACCAACUAGAUUUAGACAGGGACAUAUAUGUCUCAUUUUGUAGUAUGUAGUUGUUUUAGGAACACUUCAUAGACAAGGAAUUAGGGGUUACUGAUAUUGUAUCUUAGUUCAAGUUUGAAAAAUUUAUGUGAUAGACAAACAGACAGAGACAGUCCUCCACAAGCUGACUCGUGUCUUCCCUGGAGAAGUAGAUGAGAACAUAUACGAUAGAGACCAGAGGAGAACGAUUACUAACGUGCGCUAAUGCCACGCCUAUAGUUUGAAGUAGCGAAUUUUACUUAUUGUAGAAACUUUCUAAUAUGUUGCUGCUUCUAGAUAUUGUCUAGACAAUGGAACGUGUCAUCUUGUUCAACAAAAUCGCCUGAGAAAGUGUUUCGUACAUACUUACUUUGUCAGCUAGAAUUGUUCCGUUUCUUUGUGGUUGCAGGUGCUAGCUCUUCUAUUGUUCACAUGAGAAAGGAAUGACCAUUGUUGAUCGUACGUGGGCAAUCAACCUACGAUUUACCUGUCCUUAUUUUCGCGUAGCGACCGAAAUCGCUCUACAUGUACAAGAGGGCACAUGCCUUCAGCAUGGCCCAAGUACUAUAGUGGUAACUGUAAGUGGGAAGAAGCAUCUAGAUUUCUCUAUGACAAUUUGAAUGGUGACUUUAACCGAACAGCAUCGUCUUGUCGUUUUCGUGUUAUUGGCCAUCUUGCUAAGAGAUUUGCUACUGUCACUGAUGCAGAGAUCCAUUAUGGUAUUGACCUUGAGGGCGUAGAUGCAGAAGACCAAUCUGUGCUAGCUGUUGCCUCUCUAAUCCUGAAAUCAAAGAGACCCAAAGCUGGCAAGACAAAGACAAGUGUUCACAGUAAUGUAGAAUUCCAGCCAGCCACAACAACACCAACUGCCAGUACCCAGACUGAGUGUUUUCAAUCACAGAGGGCUGAUUUUCUGAAGUCUCAACCAUUGAGGUUCCAGGUUUGAAGCAGGUAAUCUUUAGGCUUUUCUACUAUGUAAUUUCUAAUAUGUGGUAGAUUGAAGUGCUUGGAAGUCUGUUUGCUUUCAUUGCUGCUCAAAGCCAAGUGGAAGGUGUUGAUGAUGCCUUUAUUGAACUUUCAUUAAAAGCAAUGAAAAAUUUAAAGGAGGCUGGCCGAAGCAACAUUAUAUAUGGCUUGAUACGUUGUUGCUCUCUUCCUGACACUUCUGGCCAUCCCACCAGACUGCCUCUCAACAGAAUGCCAACAGGAUACAUUGAACAUCAGAUAAAUUUUUUCAAUGCCAGCCAUUACAGCAAUGUGAUUUUAGUAUUCUUGUCUUAGCCAGUACUUGAUCUACAUAUGCUUUGUUCUUUUAUUUUAGGUUCCAAAAUGCCCCCGUGAUUAUGAGGACUGGUUGGGCACCAUGUAUGCUGAAUUUGGUAUGAAAUGGCACUGUUUGCACAAUGGCCCUGCCUGGCAGCAUGAUGAACACUCUGGAUUGAAAAGCACCAUGAUCCCGGGAAAUGUAAGCUGAAAUCCAUAGCAAUUAAUUUUUCAAUGUAAGCAGUGUCUUAGUUUGACAAUGCUUUUGUUCCUGCAAAUUGUGCAUGACAAUGAUUGGUAGCCUUGCAUCUCUUAGUAGUAUGAUUUUGUAGGCUAAGAUAAACAAUGCUUCUUUGUCAUUGUCUACACUGAGAACUCGUGUAGUCAAUACUGGAAUUUUCAAAACUACAGAAAUUCAGGUGAGCUAGCUACAUAAGCUGGGUUUCUUCUUGUACAAGUGAAGAUUAAUUGUCUUGUUCAAACAACAGGGCACAACUUUGGACAAAGCUUCUGAAUUCAAUCCAGGUGCUCGAUGGUGGAUAAAAGCUGAUGGAUGCGAUGUCAUUCCUGGUCUCCAUGAAUCUGUCCGCCUUGAAUGGUCUGGAGAUGUUGACUUGAAUGAUGG